AUGGGUGGAGCGAAGCAAUCACGAGGGCGUCCCAAGACGGUGCUCCCGUCGUCGUUGAUCUCAGAGUCUCCGGUUGUUAUACCGGCGGCUUCACUCCCGUUGUCGUCGAAAUCAGCGUCUACGGUUGAUACACCGGCGGUUUCACCGACUACGGACAUUGAAGAAGGUGAAUUUGUUGCAAAGAGCAAAGGUACUGAGAAUGUCAAGAAGAGUAUCAAAGAGGAUUCAAAAGGCGAAGUCCUAAAAAGUGAGAAAUCGGAGCAAGAGCCACGGCGGCUAUGGGUGGAUGUCAUCAGUGAUAACCGGAAUCCAGCAAAAGGAAGACCUAUGGCAUAUGUUGCACCUACGGUAAUCAAUGGUGAAAUUGAAGUGGAAAUCUGCGAAGAUGAUGUUGCCUCGGAACUGAUUUUCUGGGAAAAUGCCCUAAUUCUCUAUGUGUUAGGGGAAGAUAUGAGUAUGCACGCAAUUAAGAAUUUUAUGCAAAAGACAUGGAACUUCAUUCAGCUUCCAGAUUUAUUCUAUCAUGACGAGGGAUAUUUCAUUCUUCGAUUCAAGAACAGUGACGACAUGGAUGCAGUUCUGAUGAAGGGACCCUACUCUAUUCGAGGUAAACCUGUAUUGAUCAAGGAAUGGAAUCCAGAAUUUAAUCUGAAGAAGGACCUUCUUCGCAUCAUUCCGAUAUGGGUGAAGCUGCCAAAGUUACCUUUGCAACUUUGGGGAGCAAGUAGUCUGAACAAGAUUGGUAGUGCGAUUGGUUCUCCCCUGGUUACGGAUGAGUGUACCACGCAUAAGCUCAGGGUAUCCUACGCCCGCAUUCUGGUUGAGGUGGAUAUCACCAAGAAACUCCCUGAUGAAAUCUUCAUAAAGGACAACUAUGGAGUUAGAAGGAAGCAAGAGAUUGAGUACGAAUGGAGGCCUAAAUUUUGUGAUAGAUGUCAGCAAAUGGGGCACCAGUGUGGAGAGCAACUGAAAGCUAAAGUAUGGAAGCCAAGGCAACAAAAACAAGAGGAACCUAACCCUGUUUCAGAGGAAGCAAAGACAGAACAGGCAGAGAUACACACAACUCCAAGCCAAAUGAAGAAGGUUAAUGAAGCAGAUGAGCCACCUUGGACAAAAGCAAGCAGAGGUGGGAGAGAUAAAGGUAAAAGUAUUUCAUUUACUGAACCUUUACACAAAGUAGACUGUAUGAAUGGCUUUGAUGCGCUAGGGAUUUUGACUAAUCACCUAGCUGAGAUUGUUAUACUUGUUGAGACUAGGGUAAAGAAGGACAAAGCUAGUGCAAUAAGGGAUAAGCUGAAACUAAAAGGGGAGUAUAUGGAUAAUUAUGCUCACCACGCCAAUGGACGGAUCUGGAUUCAUUGGGAUAGUAAUAAAGUGGAUCAUAAGAUGGUUAGUAGUUCUAGUCAAUACAUCCAUUGUGGGGUGUAUGACAAGAGGGGUGGCUUAAAGUUCUGGCUCACAGCCAUUUAUGCUCUUAAUCAGUUGGAGUAUAGGAAAGGUUUAUGGUUGAAGAUGAUUGAGUUGCAUAGAAAUUUCAAGGGUCCCUGGUGUGCUGUUGGAGACUACAACAACGUGGCCACAUCUCAUGACAGAAUUGGGGGUAAUAUGAUUGUAGAAACUGAGUAUGAAGACUAUAAUAACAUGUUGGGUGCCACUGAUCUCUGUGAGAUGGAUAGUAAAGGGGAGUUUUUUACAUGGUCCAACAAGCAGAGUGCGAAUCCUAUUUUUUCUAGGAUUGACAGAUUGAUUGCUAAUGCUGCUUGGUUUCAAAAUCACAGUGAUUUGAGUCUGGAUGUUCUCUCACCUCACAUUUCUGAUCAUGCCAUGCUCUAUCUCAAUCAACCAAAUAGCCCCAGGCAGAUAAGAAGAAACUUUAGGUUCAACAAUAGUUGGACUGAUAUUGAAGGUUAUCAGGAGACAGUUAGAAAUUGCUGGAAUAAACCCAUGGCUGGCAGACCUAUGGAGAGACUGUGGAGAAAAUUACAGAGAUUGCAACAUGUCCUAAGGAAGCUUAGCAAACCUGUUUCUGACAUUCAAGGGAAGAUAGCUGCAGCCAGAAACAACCUUAAUCAGGCCUAUGCUGACCUCAAUGCAAACCAGAGGAAAGGACAAUAUAUGGAUGCAAUCAAAAAGUGUACUGAUGAUCUUGUUAAGUGGAAUGACAUGGAGGAGAAAAGUAUGCAACAGAGAACAAAACUGAACUGGAUAAAAAUGGGAGAUGAUAAUUCUGCUUACUUCCAUGCCUAUCUUAAAACCAGAGGUAAUGCUAAACACAUCCAAUUCCUACAGACAGUUGAUGGGAAUAUGCUGACUGAGCAAGACCAGAUUGAGGAGGAAUUCUUACAGCUUUAUAAGGGUCUUAUGGGCAGAGCUGAGAACAGCCUCACUCAUAUAGAUAUUGAGGCCAUGCGAGGAGGGAAACAAAUUACCUCUGAUCAGAGCAACAUGUUGAUAGGACAGGUCACCAUAGCUGAAAUUGAAGAGGCCCUCAAGGGCAUAGGGGAUCAAAAAUCCCCAGUCAGAGAAUUUUUCACUCAUGGAGAAAUACUUAUGGACUUCAAUAGAACGAUAGUGACACUGAUUCCUAAGCACACUGAAGCUAAGCAGGCCAGGGAUUAUAGACCUAUAGCUGGAUGCUCUACUAUAUACAAGAUUAUCUCCAAAAUUAUGACUAAAAGGUUGGGUCAGGUUUUGCCAAGUAUUAUAGAUGUGAAUCAAUCUGCUUUCAUACCUGGGCAGGUGAUUCACAAUCACAUCAUGCUAGCUUUUGAGCUCCUAAGAGGAUAUAACAGAAAGGGAGGGACCCCUAGAUGCAUGCUCCAGUUGGAUCUACAGAAGGCCUAUGAUAUGGUAGACUGGUUUGCUAUGGAACAGAUUCUACAAGAAAUAGGUAUGCCAAUCAUCUUUAUUAAUUGGAUUAAGGUUGUUGUGUCCACUGUUACCUAUGAAUUCAAUAUUAAUGGGAGAGUAACUCAGAGUAUGCAGGCUAGAAGGGGGCUAAGGCAAGGGGAUCCUAUCUCCCCCUUGCUCUUUGUCAUAAUGAUGGAAUAUUCUAACAAAAUUCUGGUUAAAAUGCAUAGGGAGUCUGAUUUUAAGUUCCAUGCUAAAUGUAAGAAAAUAGGCCUUACAAACUUAACCUUUGCUGAUGAUAUACUGCUCUUUUGUCGUGGAGAUGUUGCUUCUGUACAGAAGAUGAUAAGUAUUGUGAAGAAAUUCUCAGACUCUACAGGGCUUAUUAUCAAUCCAAGAAAAUGCAAAGUAUUUUGUGGAGGGGUUGAUAGAGAUACUCAGACCAUGAUUAGUAGGAUCACUGAGUUUGAUGUAGGACAAUUGCCAAUGAAAUAUCUUGGCAUACCUAUUACUAGUAGCAGACUCAACAUCCAUCAUUACCUACCCUUGAUAGAUAAGAUUACUCAAAGGAUGAAACACUGGACAUCUAAGCUUUUAAGCUAUGCUGGUAGGAUCCUCCUGAUUAAAAGUAUCAUCCUGCCUAUCACCCAAUAUUGGAUGCAGUGUCUGCCUCUCCCUCAAUUCGUCAUUGACAAGAUUGACACCAUGUGCAAGACUUUUGUUUGGACUGGAAAUACUGCGACCAGUAGAAAAAGCCCAGUUGCAUGGACCACCAUGUGCAAACCUAAGAGACAGGGAGGGCAAGGUAUUGUCAACCUGACUUUAUGGAACAUGAUCACUUUACUUAAAUGCUUAUGGAAUCUGUGUUGCAAAGCUGAUAAUAUGUUGGUUAAGUGGAUUCACAUGGUUUAUUUGAAAGGCCAAGAGGUUAUGAAUGCUCACAUUAUUCAGAGUUGCUCGUGGACUAUCAAGAGAAUCUUGGAGCUGCGUAACCAAAUACAGAAUUUUCAGGUUUUAUGGGAUAGCAUGGUAGCUCAUAAGAAGUUCAAAAUGAGUGCUGUUUAUGAGGUGCUAACUGGCAGGGAUCAGCUUGUGGAGUGGAGAGGUCUUUUCUGUAGAAAUGCUGCUAGACCUAGAGCCAUGUUCACAACAUGGCUAGUGUGCCAUAGCAGAUUGGCUACAAGGGACAGGCUGAAGAAGUUCAACAUGAUUAGAGACAGUAAGUGUGUUUUCUGUCAGAUUGAGGAGGAGAGCAAUGCUCAUCUGUUUUUUGCGUGUAAGUACACUAAUACGAUCUGGAAACACAUUCUUGAUUGGAUUCAAGUGCAGCAUACCCCUCUGCCCUGGGUUGAAGAGCUAAAUUGGAUUAAGAAUGUUGUUGGCAAAAAGGGAUGGAGAGCGAGUAUGUUGAAAUUGGCUUUUACAGAGACGGUAUACGGUAUAUGGAGUAGGAGGAAUAAUAUGGUUUUUGGGAACAUUACUCAUACAGAUACAGUAAAAGAAAUCAUUGAUUGUAUAGUAUAUAGAGGUUGGAUCUUUGGAUCACCAUUUGACGAUGAGGUUGAUGGUGAAGAUAAUAAGGUUGAAAUCCAGGCAGAGGAUGAAAACAAUCCUAAAGUUAUGAGUGGUGAUUUACUUCUUUCUAAUGCCUAUGUUCAAAAAGAAAAUCACACUGGAAAAGAGAAAGAUAUUGCUCCAGUUCUAUAA